AUGAUGUUUUCCUUCACAUCUCUUGGUGGGAAGGUUGACAAAAGUUAUCAGAGAGGUAAAGGUCCUUAUGUAUUUAGACUACAAGGUCAAAAUUAUCAUAGAAUGGGUAGUCUACUUCCGGACGAUGGGGAAGUACCCAAAUUCUCACAGCUUUACAUAUAUGAUUCACAAAACGAAGUGAUAGAAUCCAAAACUACAAGAAACAACCAGCUUGAUAGCACAACCAUCAAGGGUCUUAAAGAUAUGUUGGAUUCUUGCAAUCCUCUUGUCCAGUCCUUCGGAAUAGUAAGAGAUUGUUUUCAAGAAAAUGAGUUUCAAGAUGUAGGCUUGAAGCUUAUUGGAACAAGAGAUAAGGAUGGAAGAGUUCACAAUUUGCCAACAACAUCAGAAAUUGCUGCGUUAAUAACUUGUGAUUUUGAUGGAGCAUUUGAUAGACGGGACGUUGUUGUUCGAAAGAAGUCUGGUGGUCUUCAAAGAAUUAGUGAGCUUCACCCCUCUUACCUUGCUUUGCAAUAUCCACUUAUUUUCCCAUAUGCAGAAGAUGGUUAUAGAGUUGGUAUUAAACAUAGAGGGAUUGUGAUUGAUAAUGAGCAGUUUUUGGUUGAUGGAUACACGAUGAUCGAAUCUUCCAGGUUGAAUUAUAUAAGGACACAACAACCUAAACUUAGAACACAAAGUCUUAAGAACUUGAAUGCUACUAUUGAAAGUGGAGAGAAUGAUGCCUCAAGUUGUGGUAAACCUAUACUUUUACCUUCAUCAUUUACUGGUGGUUCUAGAGAUAUGAUGCAAAAGUACUUGGAUGCUAUGGCAAUUUGCAAGUCUGUUGGAUACCCCGAUUUAUUUAUAACGGUGACUUGUAAUCCAAACUGGCCUAAUAUUUACAGGUGUUUGCACGAUAAAACUCUUAACGCUGAAGAGAGACCGGAUAUUAUCUCUAGAUUAUUCAACUGUAAAUUGGAUCAUCUUAUAAAAUACUUCAAGAAAGAUAAAUUCUUUGGUGAUAUACAAGCAUCUCACUGUUUAAAGAUUUCAGUUAUGUAUAUAGUGGAAUUUCAGAAGCGUGGACUCCCACAUGCUCACAUAUGUUUGUUCUUGAGUGCUGAAAGCAAAUUUCCAACUGCAUCUGAUAUUGAUCGUGUUAUUAGUGCUGAGAUACCAGAUAAAGAAAGAGAUCCUGAAUUAUAUGAGCUUGUCAAGAAAUUUAUGAUUCAUGGACCAUGUGGUACAGACAACCCACUUUGUCCAUGUAUGGUUCAGCAAAAAUGUUCUAAAAAGUUUCCCAAAAAAUAUGUAGAUGAGACUUAUGUUGAUUCUGAAGGAUAUCUUGUCUAUCUUCGUCGUAAAACAAGUAAUACAGGGCCUGAUAGAGUCACGACUUCUGUUUUUCAAGCCAAUAGCACCAAGAAUAAUACGGAACAGAAUGUAGCUGUAGAUGAGAUAAAAGCAUACCUUGAUUGUAGAUAUAUCUCUACUUGUGAAGCUGCUUGGAGAAUAUUCAUGUAUGAUAUACAUUAUAGAUCUCUAGCUAUUGAAGUAUUACCUUUUCAUUGUGAAGAUGGUCAGAGUAUUGUGUAUAACGAUCAUGAUAAUUUGUGUGAUAUUGUUACUGAUCCAACUGUGAAAAUGACAAUGUUCACAGAGUGGAUGGCUUGUAAUAAAGUCAAUGAAUUUGCCAGGACAUUGAGGUAUGUUCAGUUUCCGGGAUAUUAUGUAUGGAAUGCUAAAAAUCGCAAAUGGAAUCGAAGAAAGCAUCCAUAUGGAUCAAUUGGGAGGAUAUAUUAUGUUCCACCAUCACUUGGUGAUUGUUAUUACCUAAGGAUUUUACUGAAUCAUAUUAAGGGACCAACCUGUUUUGAAGAUAUAAAAACAGUUGAUGGGCAGGUUUUUCAAACAUUUAAAGAUGCAUGUUUUGCACGGGGACUGUUGGAUGAUGAUAAGGAAUAUGUUAAUGCUGUCAAAGAAGCUAGCACAUGGUCAACCGGAGAUUUCUUGAGGACUUUUUUUAUUUGGAUCUUCAACAAGAAGAACUUGAAAAUAUCUGUCUAUUUGAAAUUGAAAAGUUGCUACUUACCAAUGGAAGUACAACUAGCUCUUCAAAGGGAACAUGAUGGUUAUGUAAAGUGUUUAACUGCCGAACAGGAAAGGAUAUAUAAAAUUGUUAUGGAAGCGACUGAAAAAGGUAAUGGAGGUGUGUUUUUUGUAUAUGGUUAUGGUGGAACUGGAAAGACGUUUCUUUGGAAGACAUUCUCAGCUGCAUUACGAUCAAAAGGUGAAGUUGUAUUGAAUGUUGCAUCCAGUGGAAUUGCUUCACUUUUGCUGGAUGGUGGUAGAACUGCUCAUUCAAGGUUUGUAAUUCCAAUCAAUAUUAAUGAGAAUUCAAUAUGUUCGAUAGAGCCUAAUACUGAGUUAGGUGAUUUAAUUAAAAGAGCAACAUUGAUUAUUUGGGAUGAAGCACAUAUGACUCACAAGCAUUGUUUCGAGGCUCUUGAUAGAACAAUGAGAGACAUAUCACGUUCCAGUCAACCAAACAUGCAAUCCAAGCCGUUUGGGGGAAAGGUCAUUCUAUUUGGUGGUGAUUUUAGACAAAUUCUUCUGGUCAUCCCUAAAGGUACCAUAACAAUGAUAGUCAAUGCUUCUUUGAAUUCUUCUUAUAUAUGGCGACACUGUCAAGUACUAAAGCUAACUGAGAAUAUGAGAUUAAGAGUUGGUUGUCAGGAAGCAGAUUUGAAAGAAUAA